CAUUAAAUUGCGGAAGCUUGCCGCCAUGUGACAGUCGUUAUUCGGCUCGCAAGAGCCAACUUUCUCUGCAAUACUCCCACUGUCAUAGUGAAACCCCUCCUUGCUGGAAACUAUGUCAUCAUCCGCCCUCCGCACAUCCAUGAGAAUGGCCUCGCGGCCGCAGCAGCGCUUGGCCAGCAUUCAGAGGCAAUUCAGUGCCUCAGCGCAACAGAAGAAGGAAAUCAGAGAUGCAUACAUCAUAAGCGCCAGUCGAACACCGACUGCAGUUUUCAAUGGCAACUUCACCACCGUCUCAGCGACCCAGCUUGGUGCCACAGCGAUCAAGUCAGCCCUCGAGAAGUCGAAAGUCCCGAUCUCCUCCAUCGAUGCCGUAUAUAUGGGCAAUGUGCUGUCAGCAGGCGUUGGACAGGCGCCAGCAAGACAAGCCGCCAUCUUUGCCGGCCUGCCUACCAGCGUCGAAGCAACAACUAUCAACAAAGUAUGCGCUUCAGGAUUGAAGGCCGUCAACAUUGCCGCCUCGACCAUCGAGCUGGGACAGGCUGAGGCCCAGGUCGCUGGUGGCAUGGAGAACAUGACCCGAGUCCCAUACUACCUGAGCCGCGCCAGCCAACAGCCAGCCUUCGGCCACCAGAAGAUGCAAGACGGACUUAUCGCGGACGGCCUCUGGGACGUCUACAACCAAAUCCACAUGGGCAACUGUGCCGAAAAGACCGCCAAAGAUCACAACAUCUCACGGAAAGAGCAGGAUGACUACGCUAUCCUGACAUACAAGCGCGCCCAGCAAGCCUACAAAGACGGUAUGUUCAAAGAUGAGAUUGUACCUGUCACAGUCAAGUCGAAAAAGGGCGACAUCGUCAUCUCAGAAGAUGAGCAAUACAACAAGCUCAAGCUCGAGAAGGUUCCGACACUGAAACCCGCCUUCUCUAAAGACGCAGACGCCUCGGUCACAGCGGCGAACAGCUCUCCUCUCAGUGACGGCGCCUCUGCGCUCGUCUUGGGAAGCAAGGAGAUCGCGCAGCAGUACGGCAAGGACAGCCGCGUUCUGGCCAAGAUCGUGACCUACUGUGAUGCAUCGGUUGACCCGAUCGACUUCCCCAUCGCACCAGCUUCUGUUGUUGAGAAGCUGCUGAAGCAGUCUGGGCUGAGCAAAGAGAACAUUUCAAUCUGGGAGUUCAAUGAGGCGUUUGCUGCUGUUAUUAAGGCGAAUGCUAAGAUCCUUGGUCUUAAGGAGGACAAUGUGAACCCUAGGGGUGGUGCUAUCGCGCUGGGUCACGCCUUGGGUAGUUCAGGUAGCAGGAUCUUGGUUACGCUGUUGCAUCAGCUGGAGGUUGGGCAGUAUGGUGCUGCGGCGAUCUGCAAUGGUGGCGGUGCGUCGAGUGGUAUCAUCGUCCAGAGGGUUAGCCCGGAUCAGUUGUAGAUGAGUAAGGGCAGAAUGUAAAUGUAUACCACGACUGGAGUCAUUUCGAAUCUGUGUCGCCCGGCGUGAGAUAAUGUGAGGCCAAGGAUGCGAGGGUUAUCUUCGACCGUGUGGGUGCAGCAUCACGGUGGAUCGGUUCACGCGACUCAGCUUGUUAAAG